UGACACAAUUCCCUCUGAGAGCCUGAUUGAGUCGGUGGACCCGGUCAAGACUUGAUAUUAUCCCCAAGAUGAGGACCCGGUUUGGAGUUUGGCUUUUGUUGACCCUGUGGGUGGUCUACUCUGAUGCUUGGUUCUGGGAGUGGACCGGUGCUGCAACCUUUCCCCCAACAGCGGACCCUGAGGGGUCUGGCACUCCAGCAUUCAGUGGAGAACCACCAUCGGAGAGUGUUGCUGGCCUUGGAGCGGACAUCAUUGGUGAGGGACCAGGGAUCCAAAAACUUGUGCAGGCUAGGGAUGAGACCACGGAGGGACCUCGACUGACCGCCCUCACCCCUACGACGCAACCCGAGACCCAACUUGAUUCAGAACAGGGAACAGCGGUGAUUUCAUCACACAUGCAAAAACCUGAAGACGAUGGCGUGUCCCUGCUGCAGCUGAUCGGGGAUCCUCCCCCCGGAACCCUCCCGGAAUCCUCCUCCAAGUACGAUCUGACGGGAAGGCCUUUCAUUACCUUUGAACCCAAAAGCAACAACGUGGGUCAGCUGGCCCGUGCACACCUGCCCAACCCAUUCUACCGAAACUUCGCCCUCGUCUUCCACCUGAAGCCCACGACCGACGGGGCGGCCGUCCUCUUCGCCGUCACGGACGCGUCGCAGAAGGUCGUGCACGUGGGCGUCAAGCUGUCGUCCGUGCAGGGCGGGAAGCAGGACGUGGUCCUGUACUACACGGAGCCCGGCGCCGAGCGCUCCUACGAGGCGGCCAGGUUCCCCGUGCCCUCCAUGAGGGACACCUGGACUCGCUUUGCCAUCGCCGUGAGGGACGACAAGGUGAUGUUGUACCUCGGCUGUGACACCGACCCUAUGGUGACGGGCUUGGAGAGGUCCCCGGACGAGAUGGAGCUGGAGGCCGGGGCCGGGCUCUUUGUGGGCCACGCCGGAGGAGCUGACCCUGACAAGUUUGUGGGGGUGAUGGGUGAGCUGAGAGUGGUGGGAGACCCGCUUGCCGCUGAGAGGCACUGUGAGGAGGAUGAAGAUGACUCCGAUAUGGCUUCAGGUGAAGGAAGCGGCUUUGAAGAACCCAGAAAACCCAAAGCGCCCGGGAAGAAACUUGGCUCCACGACUCCUCUUCCCCCCACCGCGCCCAUUCCUCAGCCCCCACUGACGAGGAAGGAGGGGGCCACCAGUCAAUCAGAAACAGGUGCUAAGGGAGAAAAGGGCGACCGGGGGGAUCCGGGAAAGAAGGGAGACAGGGGUCCAAUUGGGCCGAAGGGAGAUGCCAGCUCUGGAUCCGGCUCACGGGGUGGAGCCCGUGGAGAGAAGGGGGAACCAGGGGAAAAUGGUUUAAAGGGCACUGCAGGCUUCGGCUACCCGGGAACCAAGGGAGACACCGGUCCACCUGGGCCGCCCGGUUCCCCCGGCCCCCCGGGGCCCGCCACCGAGGUCUCGGUCAGUAGCGACGGCUCGGUCUCCUCCAGAGGCCCCGGACCUCGAGGGCCGGCCGGACCACAAGGGGCCGCGGGCCCCCAGGGACCCCCAGGAGAUGAUGGAGAGCCGGGGGAUCCUGGUGAGGAUGGGAAAACGGGCGCUGAAGGACCACCCGGCUUCCCAGGAUCCCCGGGGAACUCUGGGCCCAAAGGAGAUAAGGGAGACCGUGGAGAUGGUCAGCCUGGCCCCAGGGGACCGCCAGGACCUCCAGGACUGCCAGGAACCGGAUCUACUUUUGUGGACAUGGAAGCCUCAGGGUUCCCUGAUCUGGACUCUGUUCGGGGAUUACCUGGCCUGCCUGGUCCCCCUGGUCCCCCCGGGCCCCCGGGCCCUGCUACUGAUUCUGUAGGGUCAGCGUCUAGUUCUGGGGCAUUCGGACCUCCAGGAAAGGACGGGCAUCCCGGUCAACCAGGCUCGCCUGGUUUGCCGGGUUCUGAUGGACUCCCAGGAGUUUCUGGACCAAAGGGAGACAAGGGGGAUUCCGGCGACCUGGGCCUUCCAGGAGCAGUUGGACAGAAGGGGUCUCGAGGAGACCCUGGUUUACCAGGAACCUCGGGAGAGACUGGACUGGCCGGUCUUCCCGGCCCGAUUGGACCGGUCGGGCGACCUGGGCCUCCAGGGCCUCCUGGACCUGGCUACGGUGUUGGAUUUGAUGACAUGGAGGCCUCGGGUCAAGGCUUCAGAAAUCUGCUGCCUGGUGAACGGGGACCUGAGGGGAGACAGGGUCCUCCAGGCUUGCCUGGACUGCAAGGCACACCUGGCUUCCCUGGUUUACCGGGUCAGAAGGGUUCUGAAGGCCUCACAGGAAGCGAUGGACGUCCGGGGUUGGAUGGCUUCCCUGGACCUCAGGGACCAAAGGGGGACAGCGGCACCAAAGGAGAAAGGGGUGACCCAGGUCGAGAUGGAACAGGUGUCCCGGGGCCACCCGGACCACCCGGGCCACCGGGACAGUUCAUCUCCCGAAGACCCGACAACGAGGACGGGCUCGUCGGCAGUGAGGGGCGUCAGGGAGGACCUGGUUUACCUGGACAAGCUGGAUUCCCUGGUCCUGCUGGACCAAAGGGGGACAGAGGAGACACGGGCCCCCCGGGCCACGGGGACAAGGGGCAGAAAGGAGAACCGGGCCUGGUGGUCGGACCGGAUGGAAACCUCCUGCAUCUGGAAGGCCUGAGGGGUCCGAAGGGAGACAGAGGAACCCCUGGACCCGUUGGACCUCCUGGCCAGUAUGGACCUACUGGUAUAAAAGGGGAAAUGGGAAUGCCUGGGAGACCUGGUCGUCCUGGUGUAAAUGGUUACAAAGGGGAGAAAGGAGAGACAGGACUCGGCUAUGGAUACCCGGGUGUACCUGGCCAACCGGGACCACCUGGACCCCCUGGACCCGCCAUUCCAUUGGAUCGCUUUAACCGCUAUGAUGACGCUUCGAGGAAUUACCCGGCGACCAAAGGGGAGAAAGGAGAGAGUGGGGACAGAGGAGCUCCAGGAAUCCCAGGGACCAGCUCUAAUUUUGAUAUUUACACAUUCAAGAGCGAACUGAAGGGGGAGCGUGGAGACCUGGGUGUGAAGGGAGAAAAGGGAGAACCUGGUGGCGGCGGAUAUUAUGACUCACGUUUUGGAGGAGCUCAGGGCCCGCCGGGGCCUCCUGGCAAACCGGGCCUGCAGGGUCCAAAGGGAGAAUCUGUAUUGGGCCCUGCGGGUCCUCAGGGGCCACCGGGGCCACCAGGGACUGGUUACGAUGGGCGCCCAGGUCCUCCAGGGCCACCUGGACCUCCUGGACCCCAAGGAUCUUCCUCACUUCCAGGAGCAUAUAGGCCCAAUCACUCCCUCAGUGUUCCUGGACCUCCUGGACCUCCUGGUCCGCCUGGUAGCCCCGCUCCCUCUUCUGGGGUCACCAUCUUAAGGUCGUUUGACACAAUGAUGGCGACCGCGAGGCGCCAGUCAGAGGGAAGCCUCAUCUACAUCCUGGACAAAGCCGACCUCUACUUGAGAGUGCGCGAUGGAGUGCGGCAGGUCAUGCUCGGUAACUACAAACCCUUCUCCAGAGAUCUGGACAACGAGGUGGCGGAGGUCCAGCCCCCGCCCGUGAUCCUGUACCCCCAGUCCCAGGACCAGUCCCACAACAACGGAGCUGGCCAUUACUCCCAGGGAGGUUCUGCCAUACGACCCAUUGAGCCUCCUCCGCAGCCACCAGUGGAGCCCCGAUACCCCCCCCAGUACGAUCCCAAGUUCCCCGACCCGAGGCUCACGGGCCAGACGGACACGCAGCGGACCGAGCACAGACACCCCGUGACCCCGCAGCGACCCCCGGGCCCACCGGUGCAGCAGCCUGCCGGCCCACUGGGGCCAACGGCACCAGGACUACACAUCAUCGCCCUGAACGCCCCUCAAACUGGGAACAUGCGAGGGAUCCGCGGGGCGGACUUCCUGUGCUUCCAGCAGGCCCGCGCCGUGGGCCUCAAGGGCACCUUCAGAGCUUUCCUCUCCUCCAAGCUCCAAGACCUCUACACCAUCGUCCGCAGGUCAGACAGGGACGGAACCCCCAUCGUGAACCUCAAGGACCAAGUGCUGUUCAGCAGCUGGGAGUCUCUCUUUGCCGACAAUGUGAGCAAAAUGAGGGAGAACGUACCGAUCUACUCCUUCGACGGCAGAGACGUGGUCAGAGACAGCGCAUGGCCAGAAAAGAUGGUCUGGCACGGAUCGAGCAACAAAGGCCACCGGCAAACGGACCACUACUGUGAAACAUGGCGGGCGGGCGACCACGCCGUGACGGGCCUGGCGUCCUCUCUGCAGAGCGGGCGCCUCCUGCAGCAGACCUCCAGCAGCUGCUCCGGCUCCUACGUGGUGCUGUGCAUCGAGAACGCCUUCACUUCACACUCCAAGAAAUAAAGCCCCCCCCACCUACCAUCCCCCUGCCUUUCUUUUGUUUUUUUGGUUCUGGGCCCUGGAUGAAGACGCUCUUGAUUUCCCGAGAAGCCGCCUGGUGACCAUGACCCGGCCCUGUGGCUCUGUGGCUGGCAGAGAGCCUUCGGGUCGCCUGCUCCCCCCCCCCUCAAAGAGACGGGUCGAAGCCAGGGGCGUCGCUCUUUCUUCUCGGGGGCAUUGACACGUACUUUCUCCAAGGUGCAGAACGAUAGCGGAGAAGCUAAAUGUCUUCUCAAAUUGUAUCCUAUUUCCUCUUUUGUUUUUCUGUAUAUUAUAUGUUUGUUGUUUGUAAUUUUUUUGUGGUUUUCAUUGUUUUACCUUUUGAACUGUUUAUAAAAAUGCUAUAUCCA